AGCAAUCGAGAAACAACCCGUAACCCAGAAAUAAUAGCGGACUAGCAGGGCGCAAUGGCCAUGGGGGAUGAUUACGUAGCAGAUUCAGCUCAGAUUGGGCGGAAACAAAAGAAAUUGCUCACAAUCACCCCAGUAUUUCUUUAAAGUAUCUAUUUAAUCAGUAACAGAGUCAUGAAGAAAUCAAAACAAGCAAAGGCAUCAGAAUGUGAAGUUGGGGUCGAUAUGAUCAGUAACUUGCCAGAUCCUGUUCUUCAGCUAAUUCUUUCACGUCUUCAAGGUACAGAAGAGGUAAUUCGAACAAGCAUUUUGUCGAAACGAUGGAGGUAUUUGUGGACUUCAGUUCCCUCCAUAGACAUAGAUUAUACCCGCCGACUGAAGCCCUCAAAAAUAUUCAAAAAGAACAGAUUCAAAGACUUUGUAUAUUGGGUUUUACUAAACAAAACCCUUGAUUUGGAUAGCUUUCGUUUGUGGUGUUCAAAUUACUACAACAUGUCGACCAUAAGGCAGUGGAUUCAUGUUGCUGUUAUGAGAAAAGUCAAAUUACUUGACUUGAUGUUCUGCUCUAGGGAGGAGUCUGAGGAUAUUGAGGUGCCACAUUGUCUGGUGACCUGCAGUUCUCUGGAGGUGUUAAGGUUGUGUUUGUUCGAGUGUGCUCUAUGUUUGCCUAGCAUUACAGGUUUUCCAGCACUUAGGGUUCUUGAGUUGAAUAAUGUUAGGUUAGAAAAGUGUGAUUUGGUAAAACGUUUUCUCGAAAGCUUCCCAUUGCUUGAGGAGUUAAGUUUGAUAGACUGCAUAGUGUUUGAAUGGCAAGAUCUUUGUAUUUCAUCCCCAAAGCUCAAGAAUCUGAGAAUUGAGAACCAUUAUGAAGAGACUGGAGAAUGCUGUUAUACUAGGAAGUAUUCACGUAUUGAGAUUUCUUGCCCAAAACUAGUGUUUUUGAAGUUGGCUGGUAAUGUAGCCAUGCGUUUUCGCUUUGGAACUCUAUACUCUUUGAAGGAAGCAGUGAUUCACAUUACUGAUUUAUAUGAGGCAGAAGAACAAUUAGACACUUUUGAAUAUUUUGAUGAAAUAUCUCAUGUGGAGUAUUUAUCGAUCAACAUUUACUGCAUCAAGUGGUGUUUUGAUCCAACAGUUGAUAUCUCUGUAUCUCUACCUAAUCUUAAGACUUUGGAGCAAACAGUUCAUGCCUACAACUUCAUGAAUACUCUCAUUCCAAUUCUCACACGUCUUCCGGAUCUGGAGUCCUUCCAUUUGAUCAUUCCAAAGGAUGCUUAUGUGUUGAAAUACUGGAAGCUAGAUGAUGCUGAAACGAUGAGAGUCUUGACUCAUCAUCUGAAAAAGGUUAAAUUUCUAGAAUUCGAUGAAGACAAGCCGAAACUAGAUUUAGCACGUGCCUUAUUGGAGCAUGGACAUGCAUUGGAGGAAAUGGUUUUCUGUUGGGCUGAUGAAACCAGGUUCCGUGAAAAGUCAAUGGAGACUAUGAAUCAACUCUCAAAAUUUCACAAGGCUUCUUCAUCUGUCAAACUUAGAUGUAUAAUCAACCCUAGCCAAGCCAACUCGAACCCAGCCCAAAACAUAUUAGAAAUCGACUCGAUUCAAGCUGAGUCAAGCUCGUGCUCGAGCAACUCGAGUGUUAAACUACUUGGCCGUGGAAGCUCGUGAGCUUUGUAAAAGUUACAUUUUUACCCUUUUUGGUACAAUGUAUCGAUUCUACUCUGGUCCAUUGCACCCAUAGCCGAACUCAUGACUCUGCUGAAUCAAGUACUGGUGUUACAAACUUUGUAUCAAAAUCUGUGUUUGUUGUAACUACCUAUUGCCGGUAUGGGUAAACAAGAUUUCUUGGGUUUAUGUGGAUGUGUUUUAACUCGUUCAUUUUUACAAUUUUACUUAUUACUAGAAAAUAUUA